AUGGACUUCAUGUCUUUAUUGGAUACGGCGAACAAAAAUACCAAGAACAAUUCGAAGAAGCUGAAUGACUUGAAGACGGAAGUGGAUGGCGAACGGCGAGCUGAACUGAAGCGUAUCGAAGCUGAGAAGAGAAUAAAGGUGGAGAUGCUGAAGCGGAAGAAAGCAGCGAUCCCACCAAAACCCGUUGAAGAGGAGAAGAAGUUUACAAUUCCUAAGAAGAACAAAGAUAAAACUGAAGAAGACAAAGCGAAAGUGAUGGCGUAUAUGGCUAGGAAGGCCGAAGAAGAACGACAACUUUUGAAGAAGAAGCAAGCCGAGAAAGAAAAGCUCAUCCAGCUCCGUUUGCAAGCCCAUGGUGGAAAGGCUACCAAGAGAAUUGCCAAAAACUUUGGAAUGAGUGCCAUUGACCUACAGAUAAAAUACGGUCACGAUCACGAGCACGUUGAGCGCCUUCAAAAACAGCAGUGGCGCGAAGAAGAAGAGCACGACAAGCUGGCCUCUCAGUACAGAAACGGAGUUUACAAAGCCAUUGCACAAAAGAGGAAAAUCGAUGAGAAAGUCGGUUUUUCUGAUCCGGUGAGAGCUUCAGGUGCAUUGAACAACAACCAACCGCAUCGUAUAUCCACGAGUAAAGCGAACAGUCUUAUGGGAUUAUCCAGUCGACAUCAAGAUAGUCGCGAUCACUUCUCUCCACCUCGUGAAGCAGCAAAAUCUAAACCUCAACCUGCACCUGAAGUGAAAAGGAUCAAGCCUGCCCCUGCUGUGGACUUCAACGCACUUAUGAAAGCCGCUCAAGAUAUCACAGAGGGCAAGGAGACCCGUCUUGACAUUGACAGUGUGCCACAAAGAAAGCCGGCCGUUCAGAGCAGCAGCUCUCGGAGUAUGAGCUCAUGUUCUGCGCCCAAGUCGGAGCGGGAUAGAGAGGAGUACUUACGUGCUAUAGAGAAAAAUAGAAGUCUCAAUAGUUCCUCAAAACCACCACCAUGUGUGAAACCACAGUUUUCGUCCAGCUCAUUGAAAAGGUCAAAGUACCGCUCACCUAAGUCAGUAUCGCCAUCGUCAAAACCACUGCAGUCAGCAGCUCCAUCAUCAAAGCCACUACCGUCAUCCUUGAAGCUGUCGCAGAAAAUCCACGAAAAACAAGAAGAGAAGAAGAAAGACAACAAAGAUUCCAAAGGUCGCUUCAAGAAGGGACCAACUCCACCUCCAUUGAUUCCAGCUGCCGUUCCAGGAAAAAGGUACCUCCCUGGUGACAUUCGCUACAGACAGGCAAUGGAGACGGCUAAGCAAGCAGGAGGAAUAUUUCCAACUUCAUCAUUUGAUCGCGCAAAUUCUUCGAAAACAUCUUCGAGUUCGCAUUCCUCUGCGAAAGAGCUGGAUAGGCGGAAACCAACAGAUAUAAACAGUGGGCGUGAUCAGGAACGCAUGAAACAUGGCCGUGCUGUAGAGAGAGACGUUCACUGUGAACGAGGUCGAGAUAAUGAUCAAAAAGCCAGUUACUCUGAUCGUCACAAGGAUCGUGAUCGUGGACGACCAGAAUAUAACCACAUCUACCGAGAACGGGAUAGAGAGCGAGAUCGCGGAAUGGAACGUUGUCGCGAAAGAGAACGAGAGAGGAUUAAACAGGAAGAAGAUGAUGACGAUUAUGAUAGCGAGAUGGAUGACUUCAUUGAUGACAGUGGCAUGGAUAUGGAUGAGUUGAGUCGUCAAGAAUUUGAAGAGACGCUUAAAAUGGUCAAUCCAAAAUACAACAAGAGGAAAUGGCGAGAACGUGAGCAAACUAUAAGUCUGAGAGAUAUGCACUCGGAUUACCGUACCAUCGCAAAAGAAGAGGCCAGAAGCGCAAGGAUAGGCCUCAUUGAGGAUUUGCAUGAGGCGACGAAGGGACACAGUGAGGCACUGUAA